AUGGAAACUGCAGAGUUCAACAUCAAUAGGAAUAACCUCACUCCAUUUAACCCCACCAUCUCUGCCUCAAUCCAGUGUCGCAUUACGAGAACCCUAGAACUCACCUCAUCCACCAUCUCCCACACUUCCAAGCCGAUACUUCAAGAUCAAAAUGAGCAUCCAACUCCCCCCGCCACACACCGCAAGCGCGCCCUCCCCCAAGGUGAGCUCGAAGCCGCCUCGACACUCAAGCUCGGCGCAGACCAACACACACAUACGCUCUCCCUCUCCGAAGCUCGUCUAGUCAUCCACAAAGUUCUGGAGAACAAGCGCCGCGGAGGCAACAAAUACGAAGAGCCGGAAAACCUGACCAAGACCCUCGAUUACCUGGAUGUGUUUGCGCGGUUCAAGGAUGAGGAGAAUAUCAAGGCCGUGGAGCGAUUGUUGAAUUCCCAUACCGAGUUAGAGAUGUUUGAGCGAUCACAGCUUGGAAGUCUGUGCUGUGACAACGCCGAGGAAGCCAAGUCCCUGAUUCCCAGUUUGCAAAAUAAGAUCUCGGAUGGGGAUUUGCAGGAAUUGCUGGAUGAGUUGACCAAGCUGCGCAACUUUACGGAGUGA